CAAAUCAUUCGCCGGUCUUUUACUAUGGAAUCAUCAUCAACACCCAAAGGGUUCUUCGCUGUGUAUGUUGGAGAAAAUCUGAAGAAGAAGAGAUAUCUUGUUCCGGUUUGUUUCUUGAACAAGCCAUCUUUCCAAGCUUUGCUUAGGAAAGCAGAAGAAGAGUUCGGUUUUGAUCAUCCAACCGGAGGUUUAAGUCUACCAUGCGACGAAGCUUUCUUCUUCACUGUCACUUCU